AUGGGUUGCUGCAGUUCUCACCCAGUGAGUAAUUUUUCUAGCAGAGACAAGCACCUCUCAUGUGAAGAACAAUAUUUAAUUUCCUACACAAAUUCAAUUAUAUUUUCAAGUUUUUAUUUUGAUGAUCUUUAUACCAAAGCCAUAAAGUUCACCGAAGAAAAAAUAAACAAAGAAGACUUGAAAAACUUUUUUUCAGAAGCAAAAAUAAAAAUCUCUUUACUAGAGCCUGGGUCAUCUACAUCUGCAAUGCUGCAAAAAAUGUGUGAAGAUAACUGCUAUGAUGUGAAAUCUCUAAAGCUAAGAUAUCUUCCCUCAGUUGCUCAGAUAGAAAUUUAAAUGAAUUUCUCACUGGGCAAUCCAAGGUAAAACUCUGUAUCUUUAAUUUUAUUAGGGAAAGGAAAAUCGUAUGAUAAAUGCAUAAAGGUCUUCGAAGUAUAUAACUUGAAUGAAAAAUCAUUUCUAAAUAAAAGGACGCUGCUAACGAUUUUGCAUGAUUUAGUGGAAAUAAUUGAAAUGAUUUUUCCUGAAAAUGUUGACGAUUCCCCUACUGUUGUGAGGUCAUAUAUUAAAGAUUACUGCAAUAGAUUUCUCAAUGAAAAAUUGCGAACAUUUGACAAAAUCAUUAAAAUUGCUUUUAAAGAUUCACAUGAAAUACUCUGUGAGGAUUUUCUUAAAAUACUGGAGACAAAUUAUGCAUUAACUUUAUUAUUUGAGGCUAAUGGCUUGCGGUUUCUUCUCACUGAUGAGGUUAUUUCUCAUGAAACAUCCACUUUAUUCAAUGAAAUGUAUCCGAAAACAAAUAAAAAUGCAUCUCUACACAAUUUAUUCACUACUUCUCCUUCAGACCGAAACAUAGAAGGCAAAACCUAUGCGAAAAAUGUAAAAAAUUACUCGAUUCAAGUGGCAACUCCAAAUAAGCUGCAAGAAAGCAUGUUUGAAAAAAGUCUUGAUAAUUUAAAUAUUAAUGUAGCAAAAGAUCCAUUAGAAAAGCCAUUAAUUCACCCUAUAAGCUUAUCAGAUUGUGAAGAAAGAAGCAAUUCAUCAGUUGAAUCAAUAGAUAUCAAUACAAACUCACUAGGAUUGCCACAGCCUAGACUUAUGAGAUCGUCAUCUUCAACCGAAGACCUAAGAAAACAACUCUUAUUACCAGAAACCAAAGACAAGAAAAAAGGGAUUUUAAAAAGAGCAUCAACAGAAUCAACGCCACUAUGUAACCUAUCAGUUCCAAUACCUCAGAAAACUGUCACUUUUUCUGUUGAAAGUCCUAGAAGGCCAGAUGAUAGAAGAAAGUCUUCGCUUGAACCAAUUAUAUUAAAAGUGAAUUUAGGGGAAAAUAAGCUUGAAAAUCUUCAGCUAAACCAUGGAGAAAACCCGUCUUUAGUUGCAACGACUUUUGCUAUCAGACACGGGUUGAAAAAGCAAGAAAGAGACGAACUUAUCAAAAACUUGAGGUCAUUAAUACAAGAUUAA